CGGUGACAAUAAAUGCAAGAUGGCUCCUCAUAUAAAUCCACGCGCCGAGAAUCGCUUUCCUGUUCGCAAAAAACUUGAUUUUCCUCAGUUUUACACGCGAUCUGUUUUUCGGUGGCGUCCCACGGGCUAACUGGCUGUUCCGUGUUGUAAAACGAUCUGCCAAUGACCAUCGGGUACUCAUCGAUGAGUGUAAUUAAAGGGUUUUUGGUUUCUGGCGACGAGGCGAUGAAUUAAAUCCCCUCUCACGGUUGACAACACCGCGACCGCGGCCUCGGCGUUUGCUGCUGCGACUUGGCGAUCACGGGCCACCAUUGGCCGAGAUAAUAGUGGAAUAAAACCGUAAAUAUUGUUCAGCAUAGCGAGUGAGACAAAUUUGGUGCCAGAGAUUCUUCAUGGCAGUAUCGAGGCUUGAUCGUCUAUUUAUUUUACUGGAUACUGGAACAACACCAGUAACAAGAAAAGCAGCAGCUCAACAGUUGGGCGAAGUAGUUAAACUUCAUCCUCAUGAACUGCACAACCUGUUAUCCAGAGUAUUAACAUAUUUACGCAGCCCUAACUGGGACACUCGCAUUGCAGCUGGCCAAGCAGUAGAAGCUAUUGUGAAGAAUGUAUCUGAAUGGAACCCUACUCCAAAGAUAAAACAAGAGACUGUUGCACAAAUUUCAACAGAUGAAGCAUCUUUGGAUCGUUUGAGCUUUGAUAGAUUUGAUAUAUCACGGCUUUUGAAACAUGGAGCAUCUCUUCUUGGCUCUGCUGGCGCAGAGUUUGAGAUCCAACAUGAGAAAUCAGGAGAAAUAGACCCCAAGGAGAGAAUAGCUCAUCAGAGAAAACUGUUGCAAAAGAAGUUGGGUCUCGACAUGGGAGCAGCUUUAGGAAUGAACACUGAAGAGCUCUUUAAUGAUGAAGAUCUAAUUUAUAAUCCUUCUCCAGCUUCAACAGUACUGAAGCAACCUGUAGGUAGAACCUCGGGUUGUUUGUCUUCAAGGAAUCAUGCACUUGUCCAGGCUGCUGAUCUAAUCGAAGCUGAAUUUCAGCCUGGUAUGAGCAGUCGGCAGAAGAAUAAAGCAAAGAGGAUGGCUAAGCUGUUUGCUAAGCAACGAUCCAGAGACACAGUGGAAGGAAAUACCAACAAUGAAAAAUGCAAUGAUAAUGUUGAUGGGGAGCCAGAGGAGAAACGUCGGAAACUUACCAAUGUUGUAAUUGAGCAACCAGCAACUGAAUCGAAGGUUUUAAUUGAUAAUAUACUUGACAGUUCUUCUUUAUUUGAUGAGUCAAAUGAAUGGCCAUUAGAAAGCUUCUGUGAAGAACUUUGCAACGACCUUUUUAACUCUUCAUGGGAGGUUCGGCAUGGUGCAGGAACUGGGCUAAGGGAGAUAUUGAAGGCUCAUGGAAAAAGUGGCGGUAAAGUUGGAGACAGCACUUUAGAAGAGAUUGAACAACAACACCAGGAAUGGCUAGAGGAUUUGGCUAUUCGUCUACUUUGUGUGUUUGCACUGGACAGAUUUGGAGAUUUUGUUUCUGAUGAAGUUGUGGCACCUGUACGCGAAACUUGUGCUCAAACACUUGGAGUUGUGUUGAAGUACAUGAAUGAGAGGGGGGUGCAUGGAACUGUAGCUGUUUUACUAAGAUUGCUGGCACAGGAACAGUGGGAAGUGAGACAUGGUGGACUUCUAGGAAUAAAAUAUGCUUUGGCAGUUCGGCAGGACUUGAUUGAGACAUUGUUACCAAAAGUCCUUCCUACUAUAGUUGAUGGUUUGCAAGAUUUGGAUGAUGACGUCCGUGCAGUAGCAGCAGCUGCGCUUGUACCAGUCGUGGAAAAUCUUGUACAACUUCAAGCAUCUGAGGUGCCUUUUAUUGUCAAUACUUUAUGGGAUGCACUUUUGGAAUUGGAUGAUCUUACAGCUUCUACUAACAGCAUCAUGACCCUGUUGUCAUCACUAUUGACAUAUAGUCAAAUUCAACAGUACAGUACCCAGCAAUCACUUACAGUUUUGGUUCCUCGGGUUUGGCCAUUUUUACGUCACACUAUUUCUUCUGUUCGGAAAGCAGCUUUGGAAACUUUAUUCACUCUUCUAUCUACACGAGAUCAAAGCUGUGUAAUGUGGUUGACACCAAUUCUACAAGAUGUAUUGAGACAUAUAUACCAAUCGUGUAUUUUGGAAAGCAAUCAAGAAAUUUUGGAACUUAUUCAAAAGGUGUGGUUGGAGCUAUUGAAUAAAGCCCCUAUUCAGUACAUUGUUGCUGCUGCUUGCCCUUGGAUGGGAGCUUGGUUAUGUUUAAUGAUGCAACCUUCUCAUUUACCAAUUGAUUCAAAUAUGCUACUGGAGAUUAAGUCCAAAUCAAAGGAAAAAUCUUGCAGUAAACAUCGACAAGGUCAAGCUCAAACUCAAACCAAAGAGGUGAGGCAAGAAUAUAUUGCUGGCUCAGACACCAUUAAUGAGGAUCAAGCUACCAGAGAUUAUGUUGUAACUAGGACACGCCUAAAGGCAGCUAGAUUGCUCGGAGCCCUCUGCUGUUCCUUGUGUGAGCCAAGUGUGAACUUCAUCAGCCAAGAAGUGAAACCAGCUGAGUCACUAGCUCAAUUAUUAUUAUUUCAUUUAAAUUCUAAAUCUGCGCUGCAGAGAAUUGCUGUUUCAUUAGUAAUUUCUGAAUGGGCUACACUGCGAAAGGAUUGUACUGUUGUAUCACGUGCAGUACAGCCACGAUUGAUGGCUAUUUUGUCAGAGCAUCUUUAUUAUGAUGAGAUAGCUAUUCCUUUUACCCGCAUGCAGAAUGAAUGCAAGCAGUUUAUUGCAUCACUGGCUGAAGCUAAUUGUGAUGUUGGGAACAGCGUGAAUAAUAGCGUAUUUACUAUAGAUCAAGCAAACGAACUGGUCAUAACGAUUUUCAAAGAAGUGACAUCAACAGCUGGUUUAAAGCCCAAUGUGAUCCAACAGUUGGAGAGUAAGCGGCAGCAGGUCCAAAUGACUAUAGCAGAGACAAAUCAAGAAUGGCAAACUCUUCAUCUGAGGGUUCACAUGUUCUCUGCUUGUGCAGUUGUUGAUUUGCAGCAACUUCCAGAAAAACUGAAUCCUGUCAUAAAACCCUUAAUGGAAGGAGUGAAAAAAGAGGAAAAUGUACUUGUGCAGAAUUAUGCAGCAUCUUGUAUUGCUAAGUUGCUCCAACAAUGUACAUCUAGAUGUCCUUGUCCCAACCCCAAAAUUGUGAAAAAUCUUUGUAACUCCGUUUGUGUGGACUCCACAGUCACUCCUUCUGCAACUUCUCCAGUGCCUAUGUCUAACAGUAUGGAAAAUUCGAAAGGACCAAAUUCUGAAAAAGAUGGAAUGCAUCACACUGUAAAUAAGACUCGGGGAAUCAUCACGCUUUACAGGCAUCAGCAAGCUGCUUUUGCCUUAACCAGUAGACGGGGUCCAACACCUAAAGCACUCAAGGGCUCAUCUACAGACAUUCCUCAAGGAAGUGCUGGGAUCAGUUUGUGUGAGCAUGAUGAAACCCAGAAGCCAAACUUAAUUCAAAGAAGAGGAGCUGAAUAUGCACUUACAACCAUAGGAAAACACUUUGGCGCUGAAAUGGCGACAACCCUGCCUUAUUUAUGGGAUUCUAUGGUUGGACUACUGCAAAGUCAUGUUGAUGUGCAGAAUUUUAAUGGAAAGGUAGUCCUCGAGAAAGGAGAUGUUGUUGCUCAGGAAUUAGUAAACUCGUUACAGGUGCUAGAAAUUACAGCAGCAGCAAUGGGUUCUGAUAUCCAUGCUCAGCUAUUGCAACAUCUUCCACAUCUUUGCACUUGUUUGCGACACCCAUAUACUGCAGUAAGGCACAUGGCUGCUAGGUGUGUGGGUGUCAUGAGCAAAAUAGCUACAAUGGAAACAAUGAACAUUUUUCUGGAGAAGGUUCUCCCUUGGCUAGGAGCAAUCGAUGAUAAUACAAAGCAAGAAGGAGCAAUUGAAGCGUUGGCCUGUAUAAUGGAGCAACUUGAUGUAGAUAUCAUCCCAUAUAUAGUGCUACUGGUGGUACCUGUGCUGGGAAGGAUGAGUGAUCAAACAGAUAGUGUGCGGUUCAUGGCUACACAAUGCUUUGCAACAUUGAUUAGGUUAAUGCCACUCGAGUCUGGCAUUCCAGAUCCUCCUCAUAUGUCAGAAGAACUGAUUAAACAGAAAGCACGAGAGCGCCACUUUUUGGAACAGUUAUUAGAUGGGACGAAAUUAGAAAAUUAUAAAAUUCCUGUUUCUAUCAAGGCUGAACUUAGAAAAUAUCAGCAGGAUGGUGUAAAUUGGUUGGCAUUUCUGAAUAAAUACAAGCUCCAUGGCAUACUUUGUGAUGAUAUGGGGCUGGGAAAAACUUUGCAAUCAAUAUGCAUUCUUGCAGGAGAUCAUUACCUCAGGGUUCAGGAAUACACAAAAACUCAGGCAGAAGACUGUUCACCUUUACCUUCUUUAGUAGUAUGUCCUCCAACACUAACAGGCCACUGGAUUGAUGAAGUAGAGAAAUUCUGUUCUAACGAAAUAUUGCAUCCAUUGCACUAUACAGGACCUCCCACUGAGAGGGCUAGAUUGCAGCACCUUGUGAAAAAACACAAUCUUGUUGUGGCAUCAUAUGAUGUUGUUCGAAAUGACAUUGACUUUUUCAAGAAUAUUAAGUGGAACUAUUGUAUUCUUGAUGAAGGUCAUGUCAUCAAAAAUGGCAAGACAAAAUUAUCAAAGGCAGUUAAACAACUAACUGCAAGCUACAGGUUGAUUCUAUCUGGAACCCCAAUACAGAACAAUGUGCUGGAAUUGUGGUCACUAUUUGAUUUCCUAAUGCCAGGAUUUUUGGGUACCGAGCGGCAAUUUGCAGCUCGUUAUGGAAAACCGAUAUUAGCUAGUAGAGAUGCGAGAAGUUCUUCACGGGAGCAGGAAGCAGGUGUACUUGCAAUGGAAGCACUACAUCGGCAAGUACUUCCAUUCCUGCUACGCAGGAUGAAGGAAGAUGUUCUUCAAGAUCUUCCACCUAAGAUUAUUCAAGAUUAUUACUGCAAUCUCAGUACUUUACAGGUGCAACUGUACGAGGAUUUUGCCAAAUCUCGUGCUAAGUGUGAUGUUGAAGAAACAAUUUCUGCAGGUACACUCUCAGAAGAAAAUGAGAAACCGAAAUUGAAGGCUACUGGACAUGUAUUUCAAGCUUUGCAGUACUUGAGGAAACUAUGCAAUCAUCCAGCACUGGUGCUGACUUCACAACAUCCAGAAUUUCAACAUAUUAUAGAGCAGCUUGCUGUCCAGAAUUCAUCUCUUCAUGAUAUUCAGCAUGCUCCUAAACUCUCUGCUUUAAAACAGUUGCUGCUUGACUGUGGACUUGGCAAUAGUGGAGCCUCCGAAAAUGGUACUGAGUCUGUUGUGGCUCAGCAUAGAGUUCUCAUUUUCUGUCAACUGAAGAGCAUGUUGGACAUUGUAGAACAUGAUUUGCUUAAACCUCAGAUGCCAAGUAUUACUUACUUAAGAUUAGAUGGCAGUGUGCCUGCAGGCCAGCGACAUUCCAUUGUGGCAAGGUUUAAUAAUGACCCAUCUAUAGACGUCUUGCUGUUAACCACCCAUGUUGGUGGCUUAGGUCUUAAUCUCACUGGAGCAGAUACUGUAGUAUUUGUGGAACAUGAUUGGAACCCAAUGCGUGAUCUACAAGCCAUGGAUCGAGCUCAUCGUAUUGGACAGAAACGUGUUGUUAAUGUUUAUAGAUUAAUAACAAGAGGAACACUGGAAGAGAAGAUCAUGGGAUUACAAAAGUUUAAAAUGAGCAUUGCAAAUACUGUCAUUAGCCAAGAAAAUGCAAGUUUCCAGAGCAUGGGGACAGAUCAGCUUCUCGAUUUAUUUACUCUUGACAAGGACGGCCAAGAAGAUAAGGGAUCUUCUAAUUCCAGUGGGAAGCCGACUGUAAAAGCAAUCUUGGAAAACCUUGGAGAACUUUGGGAUCAGCAACAAUAUGACACAGAAUAUAACUUGGAUAAUUUCAUGCAUUCACUGAAAUAAAAUGUACUUGCAUAAUCACAGCUAAGCCAUGUCACUCUCACAGGAUUGUUCUGCUGAUAUUCAGCAAGUUUCACUAAUGAAGUAAAAUAAUGAAAUGCUGAGAAUAAUAUGUAAAUACAGGCAUUUGAAAAGAGUGAGCGUAAAAUGGAUAUUUCUAAAACCAUUGUUUCAGAAAAAAAAAACUAGAGCAUAUAGUUAUCCUGGCUUAGUUAUUUGCACUGUUUUACAGUUUUACAUUUAGACAUUUAUUCAGAGCAGAUAUACUUGAAGCAACAUUUUUGAUGUCUUAGGAAACAAAGAACCUGUUCUUGAGGAAAACCUUUUCCUAUAGUUAAGGAAAUGUAUACCAUUAUGUGACAUAUGUAUGAUACAGUAUCAUGCUGUAUGUGAAUGCACAAUCUGAAUUUGAUUGAAAACAGACCUCCUCCA